GGGAGCACGAAAUGGAUGGUGAGACAAUGGAACUCUACGAGCUUAACUACUCGGAUCUCUCGCUUUUGUCUUCAGAGAAAGUUGCAGAAUCACCCGAAGAAGCUCAACGGCUUGAAUCUGUAGCUAGAAUGGUGAUGGAAACCCUAGGUCCGAACGGGCCGGGCCUGCUUGCCAUCACCGGAGUCCCUAGAGCUUCAAGUUUCCGGCGAAAUUUACUUCCUUUAGCCCGGAAGCUUGCCCUGCUCAGCGAUGAAGACCGUAAAAAGCUACUCAAGGAACAUAAUUUGGGGAGUGAUGUUCCAUUAAAGAACUUGGAGAGAAUUGUAUCAUCAUUUGCAAAGAAACUGGAGUAUGACAAGAGGUUUAAGAGUAAUUAUCAUUAUUCGCGUGAAAGCGAUCAGCUUAGGGUUGUUAAAGGAGAUGAACAGUUAGAGGCUGAUCGAAUAGGAUUUAAGAAUUUAGGAAAUAUCUUCAACGAGCUAGGGUUUUGCAUGAUGGAGGUAGGACUUCGUAUUGCACAAGUCUGUGAUAAAUUGAUCAGAGGAAAUGAGCUCCAGGUGAGCUUGUUGGAAUCUGGCACAGCAAAAGGACGUCUUAUACAUUAUCAUUCCACAAUUGACAAUGAAUUCAUUAAAAAAACUGUUGGUGCUAACAUAAGUGUAAAGAAGGGAGCCAAACCAAUGGCAUGUGAUGAGUGGCAGCAAUGGCAUUAUGACUAUGGCAUAUUCACUAUAUUGACUGCGCCAAUGUUUAUAUUCUCAUCGUCUAACAACGAAGGGUUAUUUCCAAUAACUGAAGAAAUUAAGAACCCGUGCAUCCCUUGUGAUCAAGAAUCUUCUUCUCCAAGUGGGCACACAUAUUUGGAAAUAUUUCAUCCAAGUAAAGAUCAGACAUUUAUGGUGAAAGCACCUCCAGAGAGUUUAAUAGUGCAGGUUGGCGAAGCGGCUGAUAUACUAUCCAAGGGGAAGCUCCAAGCAACACUUCAUCGUGUAUGCAGACCACAGGAACCUAAAAACUUGAGCAGGGAAACAUUUGUAGUUUUCUUACAGCCUGCAUGGAGCAAACAAUUCUCUCUCUCAGAUUACCCUCUUAACAAGCAAUUACACUCAAAUGAUCAUAGUUGCAAGUUUUGUACCAAGGAAAUGCUAAAUAGAGAGAAGAUAGACUCAGAGACACUAAAUAUAUGUAGUAUUAUUCCACCACUUUCAUCAAGGUUAAGAGAUGGGAUGACAUUUGCUGAUUUUUCUCGUGCAACUACAAAUCAAUACUACGGAAGUAAUGGCUUGCAGUCAAGUAGAUAGCUCCAUGGUAUGAGUCCCUAUAAAGAUAACUAAAGCUCGAAGACCAACUCCAGCAUGAACGGUGAUGUUCCGGCUCGAAUCAAGGUGGAUGACCAUUGACCAGGAUGAAGAUGGUCAACUGUGAAUCUCAAAUGGUAUAGAAAAAUAUGAGCAAUCACUUUUGUCAACUGUGAAUUUCAACCCUAAAUUUUUGCCUUGUUCAUGAGUGCACUUCCCCUGGUGACAUAGCAAAGAAUACAUGUUGGAAGUUUGUUGAAUGAAGAUAUUUAUGAAUGUAAAGAAGCACAUUUGACUACUGCAGCCUUGUUUUGGUUGUCAUUGUGGAUUUUUCAUUUUUCGCGAAGAUGCUGGAUGCAGUUGGCAGAAAUAAAAGAGGAUCUUUUUAUUACGGAGAUGAUGAGCCUCCAUACCAAAAGUUGGGAAUGAGAGAUUUAUAGCAAAUUUUAACUAAAUAUUUCAUUUUUGUAAUUAGUUAUAUUGUAUAGCUUUGGAUUUACAACAAUAGUGUAUUUAGAGCUACUUAUGUUCUCGAAAUGUAUCUUUUGUAAUGGAUUAAGUGGAAUUUCCCGUGAAGACGAAAUAAAUGAAUGUACACAUGUGAUUAUGCUAAUGAAGGAUUGAAGUCAGCUUUAUGUGUG